GUACUGAGGCCACACCACCUAGACCUCCCCCCAUGUUGGCAUCUAGCCUCCACUCCAGGCCGGUCCAUGAUAAUUUCCAAAUGAGUAUGCUGAUGAGGUUAGAAGAGGUAAUUGAGAACCAAAAGGACAUGAUGAGGAUGUUGAGGGUGUUGGCAAGUGCCUCAAGAGGAGUGGGGAACCCUGACCUGCAGGAGGAUGUCUUGGCUUCCCAGCUGGACAGCGUGGCAGAAGUUGCGACACUGGAAGAGAAACUGAGAGAUGGCGACUUCAGAAAGAAAAUGGUGAACUAUUUGACUAGCCUCUGUGGGCAUAGCUGCGGAGACAGUGUCCGCCGUAUAUUGAGGAAGCUGGGGAGCAACAACUUGUGGUCGCACUACAGUUUGAAGGGCAGGAAAGGGAAACUGCCCUUAAAUAUCCUGCUUCUCUGCAAAGUGAUGAUAAAAGCCUGCAUCAGAGCUCAUAAGGCCAGAGAAUUUGAAGUUGAGGAGUGCAUUGCCAAGACACUCAAACAUGCACCACACAAACCAGGAGGAGCAAAAAACAUGAACGGCGUACACGUCGGGACAGGAGCCGAUUCAGCGCGCGACACUGAUUCAAAUUUGAAUAGCAGACAACACACGCCUGAACCCUAACCUCUAACCUACUAACCCUGCAUCUAACAACAAAAGACUAUAG